ACACAUCCUUAUAACUACAACCAAAAAAUAAGUCUAUUCUAUUCUAAUCUGUUCCAAUUCCAUUUUUUUUUAACACACUCUCUCUUUUGUGUUGCUUUUGUUUGGUUUCUUGGAGAAUAGGUAAGAAAAAAAAAGAAAAAAGAUUUGAGUUGAUCUUGUGGGGGAAGCUAUGAACAUGUUGUUUGAGCAGCAGCUGCGGCAGCCAGCCACGGAGGCGGGCAUGACGAUGGGGGCCGGGAGGAGGAUGGUGGCCAUGACGAUGCCCGGGACCGGGGUGGCGGUGGCGGCCGAGAGAAAUAGAAGGGUGGUGGAGGAGGCUGAGAGGCUUGAGAUUGUGGAUUUGAGUGGCAUUUCUUUGAAUUCUUUGCCCAAUCCUAAUCUAAAUUUGGCCACCAUUUGCAAAUUAGACCUCUCUAAUAAUAACCUUCAGAGCAUCCCAGAGUCUCUCACAGCAAGAUUGUUAAACGUUGUGGUAUUAGACGUUCACUCAAACCAAUUAAAAUCUCUUCCUCAUUCCAUUGGUUGUUUGGGUAAGCUCAAGACUUUAAAUGUCUCUGGCAAUCUCAUUGCUACCCUUCCCAAAACUCUUGUUGAUUGCAGAUCCUUGGAAGAAUUGAACGUGAAUUUCAACAAGUUAACAAAACUUCCAGACGCAUUAGGGUUUGAAAUAAGAAACCUAAAGAAGCUCUCAGUAAACUCUAACAAGCUUAUUUAUCUUCCCAACUCCAUCUCCCACCUCACCAACCUUCGUGUCCUCGAUGCCCGCCUAAAUUGCCUUACUUCUCUCCCCGAUGACCUUGAAAACCUAAUUAAGCUAGAAGUCUUGAAUGUCAGCCAAAACUUUCACCAUCUUAAAGCUUUGCCUUAUUCCAUUGGUCUUUUGUUGUCUUUAGUCGAACUAGACAUUAGCUACAAUAGAAUAACCGCUCUCCCCGACUCCAUUGGCUGUCUCAAGAGACUUCACAAACUUUGCGUUGAUGGAAAUCCUUUAUCUUCUCCGCCACCACUCGUGUUCGAACAAGGACUACAUGCUGUCAAGGAAUAUUUGAGUGAGAAGAUGAAUGCAGGACAUAGUAGCUCUCAUAAGAAGAAGUCAUGGGUGGGGAAGUUAGUUCGAUAUGGAACCUUUAAUGGCGGAUAUGGGUACUUUAGAACUACUGAGCCACGUGAGGAUCGAGAAGCCUUCAUGUGGUCUCAGUAUCGCUCCAUUGAUGGUCUCACUUCGCCGAGGUAUGUCGGUAUAUUCUCGCCACGUCGCUUUUUCUCGACACGGGGGUACUUCACUAGAUGAGGCUAUUUCCAAUGCUGUCAUCCAAAAUAUAUAUUUGAUUUUCAUAAGAAAGACUAAUCUCAAUUUUAUCAUUUCAUUUUUCAUAGUGAAGUUUGAGAAACUCUUAAUAGAACAAAGUGGUGUAACCCUAUCUGUUACAUAAUGUAGUGUCCACCACGACACGUAUGCCUUUUUAUAGCUUUUUAGAGCAUUUUUAAUAGAAAUGCUAUUAAAGAAA